AUGGCAGCUGUGAUUGCUUCUUGUGGUAGUUUAGGGAAGAAGUUGACAACCUGCAUAAUGGCUGCUGUCUGCCUCCCAAAUCCCAGAACUCGCUCGGUGCUCUGGAGAAGGGGUUGUUCACAAUACAAGCAGGUAACCGGCAAUGAGGACCUGCCUGUUCCAAUGGAAAAUCCUUAUAAGGAGCCUCUUAAGAAAUGUAUCUUGUGUGAGAAACGUGUAGAUUAUAAAAAUGUACAGCUUCUGUCCCAAUUUGUCUUUGUGGGAAGAAACAGAAAGAAAUUACAAAAGCGAUUAAGAGAGCUCAAAUAAUGGGGUUUAUGCCAGUUACAUACAAGGAUCCUGCAUAUCUCAAAGACCCUAAAGUUUGUAACAUCAAAUAUGGGGAAUAAAUGAUAUAAGGUUAUCACCAA